GGCCGCCAAAUCCGUCACUUCACUCGUGCUGUUGAGUUGCAUCGCCUCGUCAGCUCUGAUGCAGCAUUUCCGCUAUACUUAAAUAAAGAUAUAUAUUUAUUCGCCUUCAAUAAAUAUAUCUUUCCUUCGUACGCUUUUAUACAACACGUGAACGAGUGCUUUCAGCAGCUGUAAAACGCUUUUCUUCUCUCCUAAGUUUGGCCCGCCGCUGACGCUGAUCGAUGCAUCGGCGUCUUGUUUAAGAUCUCCACCCUUCUUUGUUUUCUCCUUUUUUUAAAUUCUAGUUUCGCCACCUCCACGACGCCUCUCCCUCUCUCCCUCUCUGUGCUUGAGUGCGACGGUACGCCUGGUUGGCAGAGGUUGGUUUUCUUUCUGUGCGGUGCGGCGUUGGCGUGCUUGGCGGUGCGUAGGUCCGCCACUGCCGUUUAUUUCUUUCUUCUUCGGUAAAUCAAACCAAACGCGCCGCCUGAAGUUUUUGUUGUUCAUUACGUUAAAAGUACUUCUCUAUUUCACUGUGACGUUUCCUUCUUCUCUUUCCUCGUCUCUCUUCUUUCUUAUUCUUGUAUUCCCGCUCCCUCCCACUCCUUUCAUUUUCUGGUUUCAGCUGCGCUUUGCAUUGUGCGGUUGCGCGAGGUCAGCUUUGUUUCUUGCUUUACUGUAACUUAGAAACGCGGCACAUACAACAGACCCCAUUGCCAAACCGCCCAAAAAUCUUUUCUGCUAUUAUUUGUUUUUUUAAAAAAAAAGCAGAGACAGAAAAGAAGUAAACCAUACGGCGGACCUUGAGCGUAAAUUAAUUGGUCCCCCUUUGGGUUUACUUUGUGUGUGUUCUGCGUGUGCGUGUUGUUGUACUGCAACUCGGCCCUUCGUUUCGUGCACCCCUCUUCUUCGCCCGUUCCAGUUUCCCUUUCCUCGUUAAUCGCUGAGUCGGUGGGUUGGCGGCGUGCCUUAUCGAGCCCGCCCUAGAAUUAAUAAGUUUCUGGUGUUUUCGCGUUGCACGAAACCCUUUCCAGGUGCUUUUUUGUAGUGUUUCUUUUGUCUCCCUCUCCCUCUCCCUCUCCAAUAGCAUUACUUGUGAAAGCGAAGCCAUAUGUCUUGUUUUGUACGGCUCCGCGCAUCACGUGUGUCUUCCUAAAAAUCCUUUUUUUUGUCUUUUCCGGUUUUUUGUUGUUGUGCAAAUUCGGCCUUCCUUUUCUUUUACGGUUACCGCUCACUUACGGGAAAGGAAACUCCACUCAGCGGUUUUCGCGCCAAGAACAGUGGGAGGGCGGUCCAGCUUUGUGUUUCUUCAUCUCCUUGAAUUUUUUUUUCGUUCAGCGAGCGAGCAAUCGUGUCAGUUUGCCACUGUUUGUACUUGUUCCUCUAUUGAAGAAACCAAACUUUGGACUUCUAACGGUGCUGCUGUUCGCUUACGUAGAAGCCAACAGUUUCCAGCUCACACACCUGAACCAUCUCAUAACUUCAGCGACGAAAGCGGAUAAUGUGAAGCGUAUUUAUAAGUAUUGAAAGCGUAUGUACCUCCAAUCAAACUUCGUUUUUAUUUAAUUGGCUCUUGUAUUCUGGUUUUUGUGCUGUCAAUAAUAUCUGCCCGUGUGCCGCUACUGAACUCCCUUGCUGGCUCUUCCUUCACACGUGGUAGUCGCCUCCUCUCGCCAAAUCCACCCUUUGCUGAUUGCAGUUCGCUUUUCCUCUUUUCUCUGCUUUCCUGUUAUUGUAUAAUCGAUAUAUCAAUAUCAGUAUCUAUAUCUAUCAAUUUAUAUUUAUAUAUCUGCAGUUAAACAAUUCGGUCCCCUUUGAUUGUUUAUCUCCAGUAAAGCGGUGCACGGCUGCUACACAAACGACAACCGCCACACAGAAAGCUUUUGUCAUCCCGGCUUCUGUGGGUGAGUGCGUUUGUCGGUGUGGGUCUGUGCGUUCCUCCCUUUUUUUUCUACUACUGUACUUUAUCGUAAGAGGCCUUUGCCUUUGGUGUUGUCUUCCUAUACUUUACGACAGUAUUUUUUGUUGUAUAGAAGCGUAUCUGCACUUCGCAUUCAUUUUACGAUCGUUCUCUUCUCUGGGGUAGCGAGUGAUUGCAGCGCCUACCGCCAUCGACCUAUCGCCUGCGUCGGUUUAGUACUUCUCCGCUGUUCUAAGCGAAUUCAACUGUCUGCCUGAGCAGUGGGUUUCUUUUUAACUAAUUCUCUUUGGCUUACGAGAGUUACGGCCUUACCAUAACAACAGCCGAAAGGAAAAAGGCCAUCAAACGAGCGCAUAUUUUCUAUUUUUAUAUUUUAUUGGAUUUCUGAUAACUGGAUUUUCUCAUUUCGUGUAAACAGUAAUCCCCUCCCCAAAAACCCAGAACUCCACAUCGAGGGAAGAUGCUGUUGCCGAUGUCGGCGUUGCUGACGGGGUAUGCGGUGGUGGUGUGCAUUGCGCUCCUCAGCAGCAGCGCUGUGCUCAGCGUCCGCAUGAGUGCCUCCACGACGAGGACGGCGCUACAAUUGUCGAUCAGCACACUCGCACGGUACGUGGAGUCUACGGCGCAGACGCACGACGCACUGCAGAUGUCCUCUUCGCGCAUCGCCUACACACUGGAGCACACCACAGCUUCGGCCUCGCUCGUCCCCUUCGACGCUCCGCUGGUGGAACUCGACGUCGUCUUCGAACUCUUGCGACCGCCUACCACCGUCGCUUCGCACGUGGCGCAGGAAGAAGUGUGGUGGAGUGCGGAGGAGACGGCGCUUCUUAGCGCGGGUUGCUACCGCGACGACACCACGUGCUUCCGCUCCAACGGCACCGUCACAGACUACGUCACAAGAGCAUCCUUCGACGCGUGCUUCGACUACGCGGCAGCACGCAGGGUGCACAGAGCAUCGCGGUAUCACAGUCUGCACGUGCGCAUGAUGCGGCAGCCGCAGUUCGCAGCGGGCAACGGGCUGUGGACGCCGCAGGUGGCGCGAUACACGGAGCGCACCGACGCCGUCGCCUGUGGCCGCCAAAACAUGGAGUACGUCAUGGCGUACUACGAGUGCCUCACGUACGCACCGGUGCCCGCGGAAGCGCCGCGCUUCGCGCUCGAUCCGGAGCUGCCGAGCGACGGUGUGUACUGCACGCACGCCGUCGUCUCCGUGGUCGACGUGACACGCUGCGAUCCGGGCGCCCUCGUGGGGCUUACCACGGAGUCCACCGUGAUGGUGCAGUCGCUGCGCGUGCUUGACGAGGUGAAGAAUUCAACCUGCACGCAGCAGUCGGACGAGCACGUCGCUGCGUUGGCGCCCAUGGCGGAGCGGCUCCCCAUGGCACAUCAGGUAAGCCCUGGUCGGUGGAUAACAUCACGUAUUGACGGCGACAACGUCGUGACCGAGGCGCUCUUAAAGCGCGACACCGGCGUUGUGAUGGCCUACCGUGACUUCACCCCCACCUCGUUCUUUUUCCCCACCUCGGAGUCCGACCUGGUGUCAAGCGUCGUCAUCGCCGCCGUGGCUCUCACGGUUGUGGCGGCCCUUACCUUUUUCAUGUGGUGGCGCGUGUCCCGUCCCCUGCAGCUCGUGUGUCUUUCCAUGAAGAAGACAACGAUGGGCAUCAUCGACGACGAAGGCUCCGAGAGCGAGCGCGGCGUUCUGCGAGAGCGCACCCGACGAGGAAACUUCUGGGUGAGGGAGGUGCUCGACCUCUACGAGACGUACAACAGCCUCCGCGCGGCGCUGUCUGAGUUAAAGGCCUUCUCACCACAGGGUUUGUUCGUGACGGAGCACGAAGUCGCUGCAGCGGCGACGCAGAGAACAGCUCUUCUGUCCUCCUCCUCGUCUUUGGAGAUGGCGGAAAGGCUUCCUGGGCCUCAGAAUGGUGUGGUGAUGAUGCGUGAGGCGUCUGCGCAGGUGCUGGGCGAAUACCCCGAUCGAGUAAUGGCGUGGGGUGCUCGUCUGAACCAGGAGCACAGCACUCGCGGCUCCGCAGCGGCAGCGCCUGUUGGCGCGAGAGCGCAGUCGACUUCGGUCCCCACCUUCUCGCCUCUUUUCCUUCCCUCGCCGGCGUUGGAACGAGGCCAGACGACCGCCGGCGAGCAACUCACGCCGCUGCCCCUGCCGCUGCUCCCGCCGUCAGGCGACUCGCACCGUCCGUCAGAAACCUCCACCAGCUCAUUUCUCUCCCCCUACACCGCCGUGAUGCAUGGAGGCGUCAUGCACCUCGACUUCCCCGCCCUCCCACGGACGACAUCCUUCCGUACAGUGAACUGCACCACCUUAACGGUCAGCUACCGAUACGCAGCGAGGAACUUGGAGCUGGCGUGCGGCGAGGUGCGUCGUUUUAUGGAGAUGUGUAUGGACCUCAUCUUGCUGCAUAGCGGCACCGUCGAGGUCUUCCGCCCCGACGUGCUCGUCGUCUCCUUCGGGGCCCACCGCGAGGACCCGUUGCACACGAAACGGGCGCUGCAGUGCGCCGUGCGCAUAUUUUCUCGCUUCACGCCGGAACAGCAGAAGCGCCUCUCGCUGCUGCUGGACACGGGCAACGUCAGCGUCGGCACGUGCGGUGCCCACGAUCGCUACGCUCGCGUGAUUGCGGGGGAGCGCGUGGACUUUGUGCUGCGGCUGCGACAACACAGCGUGCUUUUCGGUCGCAUCAUCACGACGGACAGCAUUGUCCUCUCGUGGCACACGCGCAAGUACGUGUUUCUGCCGUUUGACAGCAUCGUCCCGCGCGGCGGCCUCGACGCCCCGCGCACCUCCAUCACGCUGUUUCUGCUGCUUCCGAAAGAGAGCCUCUGCCCUGCUAUUCGCCAGCUCAUCACCGCCUACCAUGAGGUCUUUGUGAGUGCGUUGGACGGGCUGUACGAGGUGGCCCUCGAGCAGCUGCGGCCGCUGCCCUCCUUCGAUCCACCGCUGCGCGCCGCCUUCACGGAUGCAAUCCACACGCUCUUGUCUCUUUCGCCGCGGCGUCCGCGUUACUGCCGUUUCGAGCUGCCGCCCUUCGAAACCCUCGGCUACACUGUCACCCCGCCUGCACAACAGCAGACCUACAAGCCGCUGCUCGUGCACGACCUCGAACCGCACGUGCCACGCAUCACCUUUCUGUCUGCCAACGAGCCCGCGCUGAAUGCGGCGACGUCGUCGGGUGGCCUGACAGGACCGACGCGGAGGCCGUCUGCACACGAGCGACCGGCGCGAGGCUUGAGCGGGAGCUCCUGCGCGUCGCUGGACCGCUCCCUCCCGAGCAGUGCGACGGAUAACUUCGUCUGCGGCGACCCGACACCGCACUCCUUCCAAGACUCCAAAGGAGAGCAGUGGACCCUCGUGCCGGAGUGCGUCGGCCGGGGUGCCUUCUCGCAGGUGUACAAGGCGGUUUCAUCGGACGGGGUCAUCAUGGCUGUGAAGUGCAUCCAGCUCGCCCGCCACGACGUGCGCAUGACGGACGUGGUUGAGGAGGUCAACACGUCCUGCCAGCUGUGGAGUGAGUACAUUGUGAAUUGCAUCUCGUGGUCGCACGUCGGCACGUACUUGUUUAUCGUGAUGGAGUUUCUUGCCGGGGGCUCGCUGCACGACUUGGUCCGCCACUUUCCGCGCGGGCUGAGCGACACCGUGGGAAGGCGCUACGCCUCCGACGUGCUGCGCGGUCUUUCGUAUCUGCACCGCCACAGCAUUGUACACGCGGAUGUCAAGCCGCACAAUAUGCUGCUGGCCACCGACGGCGGGUGCCGCAUCAGCGACUUCGGCUCCAGCGUGACCAAGUCGAGCGCGUUGCUGAACUGCACGGGGGACGUGUCGCAGUUGCGCGGGACUCCCCUGUACAUGAGCCCGGAGGUGGCGCGCGGCGAGCCGCCGACGAUGAAGAGCGAUGUGUGGUCGUUUGGACUGAGCCUUUACGAGGUGAUGACGGGCCGCCUGCCCUGGGUGUGGCGCAGCACCGGGGCGACCGUCUACCCCGCGCCGGAAGCACCGCGGCCGACUGUGAGCCACACACCGCGGCGACAACCGCAUCAGCACCUUCGGCAGUCCGUCACGCCUGCACCGCCCGGCAAUGACACCUCACUCUUCCUUCCGCCGGUCUCCGUUUGCAGCUGCCAUAGCGAUGUUCGCGGGAGCGCCAACCGCGGUCCAUUGCUGCCGUGCGCCUCCCCCCCUGUCUCCUCGUCCCUCGGGCGACUGUCGGCGAGUGGACGCGCCGCCUCGCUUGGGUCGACACCGCCCGUCGCCACCGCAGCUUCCACGCCGUCCCCCACUACCACCGCCGACCUGAAGACGCUUUCUGCAACCGCCUUUCUGCGAGGUGUUAUUCGCGGAGACAUCGUGGUGCAGGUGGACCCAGCCUGCUUGUGUUCGCUGGAGGCUCAGCAGGUGGCCAUGGCAUGCCUGCGCGCGGAGCCUGCGGAGCGGGCCACCGUGGAGGAGCUGCUUUUCAUGCCAUUCUUCUACUGCUAG